AUGGCAACGCACGACCAAGCACGGCCAACCGGUACACGCGCAGCGGCUGGCAGUGUAGCUAAGACCCCAGAAACCGCAGAAACCGCAGAAACAAACGAAAGGACGGAUACCGGAAUGGCCGCCAAUGCCGUAGAAACAGCUAAUACCACAGAAAAAGAUGGCCUAUUACACUUGACGAAAACCGCAGAAACCGCAGAAACCGCAGAAAGAGCUGAUAUGAUGAAGAUCAUCGAAAUGGCUGCCACCGCAGAACGGCUCAAUCAGGGAUUUAGACUUGUGAAUGAGGGACGGCUAGACGAGGCAUUGGCUGUAUUUACUGACUUGCUCAAAGAGGCACCUCAG